AUGAUCUACGAAUUUGGCAUCAUAGACUCGAACAAGACCGAAGACAGUGAAGACAGAGGAUUGCGUCCUUUCCAGACCGCUAUGGAUAGUGUAGCUCUCGAAAAAGCGGCUACAGGACUUCCCAUCCUUAUACACCAACACAGGCAAUACCGUCAAUGCGAAAUAUGCCAGCAUUGGAAUCGGGCGAAACGGCCACGAGUUGACUGCAUCACUGGUCCGUUUCGCAACUGGAGGUCAACCGGUGGCAAGUGA